AAUUAAAAUAACGUUUACUUUGUAAAUUGUAGUUCUUUUCACGCUGCAUCUUGUGGUAUAUUUUGUUUUUUUAAAACAACGCAUUAGGUGAUGCGAAAAUGAAAUAGAAAAAGGCCAUUUUUUUUGUCCGCGAGAGAAUGCAGAUAGUUCGAACAACAGUGUUGACCCCCCUAUGCUCUACUUGGAUCGUAGCUAGUUUCAAUCUCUUCGUUGGAAUGAUAGAUCUUAGUACAAGAAAAUUUAUUCCAAUUUUUUAUAUUUCAUCAACAAAAUAGAUUAUGCUAUAUGUAUAUGAGUAAACUCCUUCAUUGAUUCUUCUUUUGUUCCAUUUCUUUCUUUGUUUGUUUGUGUUUACAUAAGAUUGCAGUGUUCUGUGGCAACAAUGUGGUGGUAUUGGAUGGACUAGUACAGCAUGUUGUGAUCAAUCAACAUGCAUUUUUGUUAAUCCUUAUUACUCCCAAUGUUUACCAUUAGAAGAAUCAUCUAGUUCAUCACCUUCUUUCACCAGUACUGUCAGUACAGCAACAUCAUCUACAAAUGAUGGUCGUCAAGUCGGUGUUACUACUCGUUAUUGGGAUUGUUGUAAAGCAAGUUGUGGAUGGCCAGGUAAAGCUUCUGUGACAAGUCCAGUUAUAACAUGUACACAAGAUGGUAUUACAUCUGUUGAUCUUAAU